AACCUCUUCUAAUGCAACAGAACGUAAAAUCUAGGCAAAAUGUGACAGGGGGCGGGGCAGAGUUUCAGGUUUUGUUGCUAUAAAAAGUGUUAAGGAGGCAGAGGAGGAGAGUAGAGCAGUUUUAACCGUAAAGAGCAACAUCAUUCUUCUGAGAAUCUCUGAGCUUAUAUGGAGAAACAGCUUUCAACCAUGAAGUUUCAAAUCUUGAUUUUUAUCCUAUUGCUGGCUUGCAUGUAUCAAAGUGUGGCACAAGGUUCCUAUGAAAACUGCUGCUUGAAGUAUGCAGAUAUAAAGAGCAAGAAGGGCUUCAGGAGACAUGUUGAGGGUUACAGAAUCCAGGAAGCAGAUGGAGGAUGUAACAUUCGUGCUGUUGUCUUCACGCUGAAGAAUAAAAAGAUGGUCUGUGUUGAACCAAACCUUCCCUGGGUACAAGAAGAGGUACAGAAACUAUAUAAGAGAAACGCAGCCAAGGUGUAGAGUUUUCAGAGGCAGCUUUCAUCACACCACUGCAGACCAACCUGUAUUUUAAUGCAAGUGAAAAUGUGUAUAUCACCAAUACACCAACAUUUAGUUUAAACCACUAUCAAUCCUGCUGAUUCAUAUUUUCUACACUUAUGAAUUACUAUCUUCAUGCAGAGGUUCAUAAUGAACUGUAAUGUAUGGUCUGCUUCUGUUCAUUGUAUUAGAACAAUAUGAAUGUACAAACUGUGAAUGUUUGUUUUUUUUUGUCUCCAUGCUUUUCUUUUUUAUACUGUAUGUAUAUAUUUUUCUUUUUUAUGUUUUAGUCAUAUGUAACCUGUAAACAGCCUACACAUAAGUAUGUGUGUGUGUGUGAGAGAGAGAGAGAAAGAGAAAGAGAGGGUAAAAAGGCAGUAUGUAUACAUUUAAUGCAUUUUUUUAUAAUAAAGUGUUGCAACUGUG